CUCCUGAGGAAAAGCGGCAUGGGAAAUGAAUGGUGUCAAACGCUGCAACGUAUUACUCUGAAGUUUCAGGGACUGAACCUUUCUACUUCCGGUUCAUUUGACGCAACGUCCGUGUACCCUCGCCAGACUUGCAGUUCUUUCCUGUAGCCUUCUUCUAACCAAACGCGUUUCUUCAAAGUAUUGUCAUCGGGUGAGAACCCAACUUAGCUCGCUAGCCAAGACACGCUAACGCAUUCCGAUUGCUUUGGCUUAAAAAUGGUCUUAAAGAUGCGGCAAAAUACUAAUGUCUGAAGCCCAAAGAGUCGAGACGUGGAUGUCGAGGAGAGGAAAUCCAGGCCACGACGAGCAACUGAAAAACGAAAGAAAAUGAAGUGUCCCACGGACGUUACUGUAGAAGAUCUUCACCCUGAGAAGUACGAUCCCCUCCACGUUAAAAAGGAAGAUGAGUCCGAGAUGCCGUACAUCAAACAGGAGGCAGAGCCAGAGACCACCGACAUUAAAGAAGAAGAACAGCAAGUUGAAAUCCCCAAGUUUCCAAGGGGUGUCACUGUGAAGAGUGAAGAAGACGAAGGAACAAGCGAAGAGAGCAGAGCAGCGAACCCGGACGCACUCUUGGCGCCGCUUUCGGACAGCGACAACAUAACGUCACACUCUUCUGACACUGAUGAGAAGGAUGUUGGCAUUGACCAAAAUGCUUUGAAAUCCUCAAACAAGUCAUCGUUGAAAAGAGACACAAUGGAAUGCGCUGUUAGAAAACCUUUUCCCUGUUCACUUUGUGAUAAAACAUUUUCUUUGAAACAUUAUUUAAAAACACACAUGCAUACACACACCGGGGAGAAGCCUUUUGGCUGCACACUUUGUGAUAAAAGGUUUUCUCGGAAGAAUACUUUAGUAGUACAUAAGCGCACACACACUGGAGAAAAGCCUUUCGCCUGCACACUUUGUGAUAAAAGUUUUUCUCGGAAGUCUGAUUUAAAAAUGCAUAAGCGUACACACACUGGAGAAAAGCCUUUCGGCUGCACACUUUGUGAUAAAAGAUUUUCUCAGCAGUAUAAUUUAGAAAGACAUAAGAGUAUACACACAGGAGAAAAGCCUUUCGCCUGCACACUUUGCGAUAAAAGUUUUUCUCGGAAGUCUGAUGUAAAAAUGCAUAAGCGUACACACACUGGAGAAAAGCCUUUCGGCUGCACACUUUGUGAUAAAAGAUUUUCUCAGCAGUGUAAUUUAAAAAAGCAUAAGUUUACACACACUGGAGAAAAACCUUUCGCCUGCACACUUUGUGGUAAAAGAUUUUCUCGGACGACUCAUUUAGAAAUACAUAAGAGUAUACACACAGGAGAAAAGCCUUUCGCCUGCACACUUUGCGAUAAAAGUUUUUCUCAGAAGUCUGAUUUAAAAAUGCAUAAGCGUACACACACUGGAGAAAAGCCUUUCGGCUGCACACUUUGUGAUAAAAGAUUUUCUAAGCAGUAUAAUUUAAAAAAGCAUCAGUUUACACACACUGGAGAAAAGCCUUUCGCCUGCACACUUUGUGGUAAAAGAUUUUCUCGGAAAACUCAUUUAGAAAGACAUAAGAGUAUACACACAGGAGAAAAGCCUUUCACCUGCACACUUUGCGAUAUAAGUUUUUCUCAGAAGUCUGAUUUAAAAAUGCAUAAGCGUACACACACUGGAGAAAAGCCUUUCGGCUGCACACUUUGUGGUAAGAGAUUUUCUCGGAAGACUCUUUUAGAAAUACAUAAGCUUAUACACACUGGAGAACAGCCUUUCACCUGCACACUUUGUGGUAAAAGAUUUUCUCACAAGUCUUCUUUCGAAAGACAUAAGCGUGGACACAUUGGAGAGAAGCCUUUCGCCUGCACACUUUGUUGUAAAAGAUUUACUCAAAAGGCUUAUUCAGAAACGCAUAAGCAUACACACACUGGAGAAAAGCCUUUCACCUGCACACUUUGUGGUAAAAGAUUCGUCGAUAAGAGAGGAUUAAACAAACACACAUGCAGACACACAGGAGAGAAGCCUUUCGCCUGCACACUUUGCGAUAAAAGAUUUUCUCAGAAGACUAAUUUAGAAAUACAUAAGCACACACACACUGGAGAAAAGCCUUUUGCAUGCUCACUUUGUGGUAAAAGAUUCGUUCAGAAAAGAAAUUUAGUAACGCACGCAAGAAGCCACGCUGAGUAAAAACCUUUGAAUUGCAGCGUGUGACAAAAUAUUCCUGCCACGCAUUUACAGUGGGAAAAGCAUUUCAAUUUCCUAAUUCAGUUUCCCUUGAGCCUCUUUUGAAAAAUUUGUUGAAAUUAUUUUUCAGCUGCUGUACUUUUUUUUAUCCUACAUGUACUGUAAAUAUAUAUUAUUUUAAUCGAAUAAAUUGCGUUACCUGUCUUUCUGUUGUGAUUGUUCCAUAACUGACAUAUUGAUUUUGAGGGUGUAAAAAAAAAAUGGAUUCUGAGAUGUAUCUUGAUAUUAGGUCUCACAAUUCUCGUGGGGAGAACAAGUAAACCCAUUGGCAGUGUAUCAAAUACUUAUCCUCUCCACU